UCAACAAUAAGAAAAAAGAGAACUACUUUGAAAUCUAAAUAAAUAGGGAAGUGGGGUUUUUUUUUUUUAUAAAGGAGAAAUAAGGAAAAAAUCACAUUCAUGAACGGAGAUUGUUUCAGCUAGAUCUAUUUAUCUCUGGCAUAAACCCUUCAAUCGAUUUUGUUCUCUCUUAUUUCCAUUUUUGCUGUUUUAUUUUGUUUUUCCUUCUUCUUUCAUUUGUUUUUUUUGGUGGGUUUUAAAUGUUUUAGAUACCUGGGUUUUGUGUUGUUGCAUGAAAAUAGGUGCUUAGGAAUGCUGUUGAUUGAGUGAAUUUUGGGGAUAAUAAUGGGGAGUUCUGGUGAGUCUAUUGUGAAAGCCAUUGAUGCAUCUGUUGGUGGGCUAGUGUGGGUCCGGAGGCGAAACGGGUCGUGGUGGCCGGGUCGGAUUUUGGGCCCAGAUGAGUUGCCUCAGAGUUGCUCUGUUUCACCAAGAUCAGGCACUCCUGUUAAACUCCUUGGAAGAGAGGAUGCAAGUGUGGACUGGUAUAAUCUUGAAAAAUCUAAGCGGGUGAAAGCAUUUCGUUGUGGGGAAUAUGAUGAAUGUAUUGAGAAAGCUAAGGCUGCUGCUGCUAACUCUUCAAGAAAGGCUGUCAAAUAUGCUCGAAGAGAGGAUGCCAUUAUUCAUGCUCUAGAGAUUGAAAGUGCUCGUCUCGGGAAAGACCAUCCAGAUUUUUUCUCAAGAACAGAUAAAGAAGAUGGAGAGCAUCAUACCUUGGAAGAAUCACAUACUUCAUCUAAUCCUCUUGAAUAUGGUAAAGAGCUAGAUGAGGAACUGACUACUUCCGAAGAUAAUUCAAAUUCUGCUCAAGAAUUGUCUCAAUCUGGUGUAUCAUUUGAGGCGCCUAAUCAUACAAUUGCAUCUGAGCAGCAACCUCUGUGUGGGACACGGAGGAGAACCCCAAACGACUCGGAGGAUGAUGGAACCGAGGGAAGUAAACGCAUGAAAGGACUUGAUGACCUGGGAAUGGGUGUAGUGUCAUCUCUGAAAAGAAAGAGAUCUCAGGUGGCACAUGUUCAUGAUUUUUUAAAGAGGAAGAACCGUCACCGUCCCUUGACAAAGGUUUUGGAGAGUACAGCAAUGGUGUCUGUUCCUAUCAUGUGUGAACAACUUCCUAGUCCAACCGAAAGCAAAGGUUUUGGGUUACAAACUAAUGAGUCUGGGAAAAGUUUUCCUACAGUACUAAAUAACGACACAGAUAGUAUCUCAGUUACAUGUGGGAAUGGGAAACCGGAUGCAUUUGGCCACACUCAUGAUUCUUUCCUUGUUAAAUGCAAACAGAAAGAGAAUGAAAUUUCCAGUAUUUUGGGGUUGUCUGAGAAUGGUUCUUCUGACAGAUUGUUUGAUGUGCCCUUAGUUGCAGAAGAGAAGCAAUCUGCAGUGUCUUGCACAUCUCGGAAAGCUCAAGGUGUUUUCGGGGCGCAGUCUAGCCAGGGCAGCCAAGUUGAAGCUAUGUCGUCGAGUGAGGAGCUUGAUGACUCAGGCUCUACUAGUUCUGAUAGUGAUGAUUUCCAUUGUUUCGGCAAGAGGAUGGAGAAAGGAACUUCAAAGUGGCAGUUGAAAGGAAAGAGGAAUUCGAGGCAUUCAAGUCGGAAAGUUGACAGCUAUCAUUUAAAGUCAAGACCAGUUACAGAAAUUCAAGUGGAUGAGUUGCGAGGUUGGAGCAGGAAUGCUUCUCGCAGAGAAGCUCAUAUGAAGGGACCUACAGCAGAUCUGCUUCCUCCCCAGAGGUUGCUACCGUAUCGCCAGUCUCGGUUUACAGUUAACCCCAAGUAUGAGUCCUCAGAUUUCUCUCUUAGGCACCAUAUUGCUGAUUCUUCACUUUAUGAAGUUAAUCUUGAAGUCAAAGCCAGUUACCGUCCACAGCAUGUUCCAUAUAUCUCUCUAAUGAGCAAAUUGAAUGGUCAGCCUAUCAUAGGUCACCCCCUCACAGUUGAAGUCUUGGAUGAUGGCUUUUGUGAUAAUUUGCUAGUCAGUGGAUCUGAGUGCUAUAGCAGCAGCUAUGACUUAGAUGAGGAUCGCUGUGAGAACAGCUCAGCUUUACAAGGUGCAGAUAUUGUUUAUGAAUCCAAGCCGAGUUCUGCGGGCAGGAUUUCUAGAAAACCUCGUGGUUCACCAACUAAGUCACCCAAGACACGGAAAAAUGGCCUCCUUUCAAAGAAGAUUAGAAAAUUGUCUUCCUUAACCGGUUCUCACCAGCAAAAUAGAGAGAAGAAACCUGUGGUAGAGAAGCUCAAAGGACCUGCAGCAGCUUGUGUCCCCCUGAAAAUAGUGUUCAGUAGGAUAAAUGAAGCAUUGAAUAGCUCAAUACGACCUGUCCACCGUUCUCUUGUACCAAGCAUUGGUUGAAUAAAAUUGUUCCGUUGAUCAGAACGGUCAGAGUAGUGUACUAUGAGCAUUCGAUCUGUAGGAAUUCUGAUUUGAAGCAGUCCACUCUGGAUUCCGGAGUUGAAUCAUUUCUGUACAAUGCAGAAAAUGUGGAGUUGAGGAACUUCUGUUGAUUGGCUGCUUUGUCGGUGUAUAUAAUGUAACAUUAGCUGAGGUGUAAAGAUGGUAUUCUGAUUUUAGGAUUGGUUCAAUUCUUCAACUUUGAUUUUAGAGGGUUAUUUACUUUUAAGUUCUUUUUUUUUUUAAUGUUUAUGGUCCGGGUUGCACUGGCUAGUCAGUGCCUUUACAAUUUUUUUUUUCCCCUUCCCGUUCUGUAUUUUGAGACGUUGAAAACUAAAAGGCUCAUUUUGAAAAUGAAAAGCUCGGAACUUUCAGCA